UUUGAAUAUUAGAAAAUUCAACGAAAGUGGGAAUGCAUUUAAAUAGAUUAUAUUUCAUUAAACGUGUAGUAGUUCUUACUGCAACAGUGCACGUCAUUGGGGGUAAAUUUAGGGGUACGGGUCUUGAGCAUUUUUCUUUUCCUGGAACCUAUGAGAAUUUGAAAACAAGCAAUAUUGCUGCAUGGUCUUGCCAAUUUAUUUCUGUUAGGCACACUUCUUUUCUUUCUGUUUUUUUGAAGCAAGCAUUAUAUUGUGGGUUGCAGGUGGUUCGUGCUGUUGGAGGAAAAAUUCCUGUUCUCAUUGAUGGAGGAGUGAGGCGUGGUACAGAUAUUUUCAAGGCAUUAGCUCUUGGUGCACAAGCUGUUAUGAUUGGAAGGCCAGUCCUCUAUGGAUUAGCAGCAAAGGGUGAAAAUGGGGUGCGACGAGUCAUUGAAAUGCUGAAGGAUGAGUUGGAGCCCACCAUGGCCCUAUCUGGCUGCCUUACCGUGAAGGAUAUCACCAGAAGUCAUGUGAGGACAGAGUACGACAGAUUCAACUGUAGGCUUUAGUUUAGAUAAAGUUCUAAGUUGUUGUCGUUGUUGAUGUUAUUUAUCUUGGAUAUGCUCAUACUGAUAACUAAGACCCCUAGUUCUGUGAUGAUUGUCACUUUAAAUACAUUUUAGCUUGUGGAUUGUAUUGUCAAGUUUUAUAUAUUACAAGAACCAAACAUGUAAUGCUGUGCAUAUGGAAUUUCCUCU